UCACACUGCGAGCAGGGAGAGGCAACAAAAUGUCAACUCUGCCAGCUCUCCCUCCGCCGCAGACAUGAGCCGAGCCCCGUGGGCCUUUCCUUUCCCCCCCGCAACAGGUCGCUCUCACCAUGCGGCUCCACUGCAAGAUAGUGGUGCUCGCCGUGUCUUUUGGACUUUUGUUACUUCUCUACUUUUGGGGAGGCAACGGCGCGGGGGAGAAAGAAGAGGACAGUGACUACUCUCCGCCGUCGGUUAAGGUGGAUUUAAAGUUACCGAGGAAACCUCCCACGGUGUCUGCGGUGCGUGUGAAGCAGACGCCAAAGAGACAGAAAAGCUCCAAAGUAACUAACAGAGGAACCAACGUCAAAGCAAAGAGUAAAUUGCCGGGUCGUCCAGGACGAGCUGUGUCCAAGCGCAACCGGGCAGAGGAAGUAAUGCACUUGGCGGUGGUGGCAUGUGGAAAUCGUCUGGAGGAGACUUUAACGCUCGUCAAAUCGGCUGUCCUGUUUAGCCUCAAAAAGAUCAAGUUUCACAUUUUUGCUGACGACCUCUUGACCCCGCAGUUCAAGGAAAAGCUGAACCAGUGGCCUCGCUUUGUCACAUCUAAGUUCCAGUACAAGCUCUACCCCAUCACCUUCUCAGUCGGGAACCCUGACGAAUGGAAGAAGCUCUUCAAGCCGUGUGCCGCUCAGAGACUUUUCCUCCCUGUCAUCCUGAAGGACGUAGACUCACUGCUGUAUGUGGACACUGACAUGCUGUUCCUCCGACCUAUGGAUGAUAUCUGGAGUUUGUUCAAGUCCUUCAACAGCACCCAACUCGCCGCGAUGGCUCCGGAGCACGAGGUCCCCAAGAUUGGCUGGUACAGCCGCUUUGCACGCCAUCCUUUCUACGGGGUGUCUGGGGUCAACUCUGGCGUCAUGCUUAUGAAUCUUACAAGGAUCCGCAGCACAUUGUUCAAGAACAGCCUGAUUGCCGGCGGUCUGUCCUGGGCGGACCUCAUACACCCACUGUAUCAGAAGUACAAGAACCACAUCACAUGGGGAGAUCAGGACCUCCUCAACAUUAUCUUCCACUACAACCCAGAGUGUCUACUCAUCUUUCCUUGCCAGUGGAACUACAGGCCUGAUCACUGUAUGUAUGGGAGUAACUGUAAAGGAGCCGAGGAGGAAGGGGUCUCCAUCCUCCAUGGCAACCGUGGAGUGUAUCACGAUGACAAGCAGCCGGCCUUCAAAGUAGUUUAUGAUGCAAUACGUGACUUCCCUUUUGAGGACAACAUGUUCCAGUCGCUGUUCUAUCCCAUGCAGACCAACUUCUUGGACACGGUCAACACCCUGUGUGGUCGGAUUCCCCAAGUUUUCCUGAAGCAGAUAGAAAAAACUAUGAAGAAGGUGUUUGAGGAGAGCGUGGUCCGACAUAUGAGGCCGCACAACUGACUGUCGGAGCAACGGACUUCCUGCUUAUUGUGACCAAGGACCACUGUGCAGAGGACUCUGUCUCAUGUCAGCUAUUUGAAAAGAACGGUCUUUUCCGCACAAGGACACUGUUGUGGAAUUCGGUAUUAUCGCGUUAUAAAAGGGAUUUUUAUUUUUCUCUCGUUCUUUGAUCAUAAUCACUUUUCUUCGCCAUCAGAGAGCUAAACCGCACACUCAAAAAUGUGAGGUUUGGACCUUGGGAGGCUUUUACUGCAAUAUAGUGAACCAAUGAGCAUAAUGUGAAUGACAACUUGAAAUUCGAAGCCUGUGGUUAGCUGGGAUGUUGCUGGCUUACAGUAUCGAGUACAGUACCAAGCAGAAGCAAGAUUUUUAUGUUACAAAAUGCACUUUGGAGAGACAUUAUGUCCACAUUACAGCACACCAAAGCAAAAGUGCAAACGUGGAGGAUGUGCCACAUAAAUAUUGUUUACUAUUUCAGGAUAAUGAACACUAAUUGGCCCUAGUGUGUGAAUGUGAGUGUGAAUGUUGUCUGUCUAUCUGUGUUGGCCCUGUGAUGAGGUGGCGACUUGUCCAGGGUGUACCCCGCCUUCCGCCCGAAUGCAGCUGAGAUAGGCUCCAGCACCCCCCGCCACCCCAAAAGGGACAAGGUAGAAAAUGGAUGGACGGAUGGAACUCUUCAAACAUUUGCCUUUGAAGGUUGGUAUUCUCGUGUCUUGUAUGUGUAUGUUUAAAGGACAUGCAUAUGUGUUGUGAAGUUGGUCCGUACACUAUAUUCAAAACCUUUAACUGGAAACUGACAAUGGUUGCAGUCAAAAUGCGUGUCCGAAUAAAACAAUGCAAUUGAA